ACGGUACCGAGGCUGGUGAUACUCUUGGCGAGGUUAUGGGCGUUGACAGUGCUGAGCUGUACAAGAACCUGUGCAAGCCCAAGAUCAAGGUCGGCGCUGAGUUCGUCACCCAGGGAAGAAACGUUAACCAAGUUAAUUACUCCGUUGGCGCUCUAGCCAAGGCCCUGUUCGACCGCCUCUUCAAGUGGAUCGUUAAGAAGUGUAACCAGACCCUCGAGACCGGAAUGAAGCGUGCCAUGUUCAUCGGCGUGCUUGAUAUUGCUGGUUUUGAGAUCUUUGACUACAACGGCUUCGAGCAGAUUUGCAUCAACUUCUGUAAUGAGAAGCUACAGCAGUUCUUCAACCAUCACAUGUUUGUGCUGGAGCAGGAGGAAUACAAGUCAGAAGGAAUUAACUGGCAGUUCGUCGACUUCGGUAUGGAUCUGCAAGCCUGUAUCGAGCUCUUCGAGAAGAAACUCGGUCUUCUCGCUAUUCUCGAGGAGGAGUCUAUGUUCCCUAAGGCUACUGACAAGACGUUUGAGGAGAAGCUGAAGGCCAACCAUCUGGGCAAGUCUCCCUGCUUCAUCAAGCCCAAGCCUCCCAAGCCAGGCCAGUCUGAGGGUCACUUCGCCAUCGUCCACUACGCCGGCACGGUGACUUACAACCUGAGUGGCUGGCUGGAGAAGAACAAGGAUCCCCUCAAUGACACCGUCGUCGAUCAGCUUAAGAAGGCUACCAAUCAGUUGCUUGUAUUGUGCUUUGCUGACCAUCCUGGCCAGUCUGGUGACGCUGGUGGUGGAAAAGGCAAGGGAGGCAAGGGUGGCAAGAAGGGGUCCGCUGGUUUCAAGACUGUGUCCUCUGGGUACAGGGACCAACUGAACAGCCUCAUGACGACCCUGCACUCCACUCACCCCCACUUCAUCCGUUGUAUUGUGCCCAACGAGACAAAGACACCAGGUGCGGUUCAGGCCGGUCUUAUCAUGCACCAACUGACCUGCAACGGUGUGCUCGAGGGCAUCCGUAUCUGCCGCAAGGGAUUCCCCAACAGGAUGCCUUACCAUGACUUCAAGCACCGCUACAAGAUCCUCGCCCCUGAAAUCAUGAUCAGUGAGAAGGAUGACAAGAAAGCAGCAGAGAAGACAUUUGAGAAGGCUGGUCUUGACCCAGAACUUUUCCGCUGUGGUAAAACGAAGGUAUUCUUCCGUGCUGGUGUCCUGGGAACCAUGGAGGAAAUUCGCGAUGAGCGUUUGGGCAAAAUCAUCACCUGGAUGCAGUCAUGGAUCCGCGGAAUAAUCGGUCGCAAGGAAUAUGUCAGGCUUCAGGAGCAGCGCGUAUCUCUGGUCGUGCUGCAGCGUAAUAUCAGGAAGUAUAUGGCCAUGAGCAACUGGUCUUGGUUCAUCUUCUGGCAGAAGGUGAAGCCUCUUAUCAACCAGCCCAGGCUGGAAGACGAGAUCAACAGACUCAAGGACAGGGCUGAGAAGGCAUGUCAAGACUUGGAGCGCGAAUCUUCUCGCAGGAAGGAACUGGAAGACUCCAAUACAAGUCUUACUGAGGAGCUCAACGACCUGAAGGUUACCCUUGAAUCAACAAAGGGAAAUGUGUCCCAGUUCAUUGAGGAGAUGGCCAAGCUGUCUGCUCAGAAAACUGAGCUGGAAUGUCAGUUGAACGACGCAACGAUGCGACUCCAAAAAGAGGAAGAGUCUCGAACUCAAAUGUUCCAGUCGAAGAGAUUAGCUGAACAAGAUGUCAACGCCAUGAAAAAGGACAUUGAAGACUUUGAACUGAAUGUCCAGAAGACUGAUCAGGACAAGGCAACAAAGGAUCACCAGAUCCGCACCUUGAACGAUGAGAUCGCUCACCAAGACGAAAUCAUCAACAAGAUCAACAAGGAAAAGAAGCUCCUACAGGAGAUGAACCAGAAAACCGCUGAGGAUCUUCAGUCCAUUGAAGAUAAGGCUAAUCAUCUUAAUAAGGUCAAGUCGAAGCUUGAACAGACACUUGACGAGCUGGAAAGUUCGGUCGAUCGCGAGAAGAAGCUUCGUGGAGAAGUUGAAAGAUCAAAGAGGAAGGUCGAGGGUGACCUGAAGCUGACCCAAGAGAGCGUAUCUGACCUCGAACGUCAAUACAAGGAUGUAGAACAAAACAUCCAGCGCAAAGACAAGGAAAUCGGUUCCCUUGCAUGCAAACUCGAAGAAGAACAAGGCUUUGUGUCCAAGGUGCAGAAAUCCAUCAAGGAACUACAGUCUCGCAUCGAGGAACUCGAGUCUGAAGUCGAACACGAGCGACAAGCCAGAGCCAAGGCAGAGAAGAGCAAGGGAAUGCUUACUCGUGAGCUCGGCGACCUGAAUGAGCGCUUGGACGAGGCAGGCGGUGCUACCAACGCCCAGGCUGAGCUCAACAAGAAGCGCGAGGCAGAACUGGCUAAGCUUCGACGGGAUCUCGAGGAAUCCAACAUCCAGCACGAGUCGGCGCUUGCUGGCCUUCGCAAGAAGCACAAUGACGCCGUCGCUGAAAUGACAGAACAAAUUGAUCAUCUCACGAAGAUGAAGAACAAGACUGAAAAGGAAAAGGAAAUGAUUAAGCGCGAUGCCGAAGAAGCAAAGUCAGCUAUGGACACUCUUUCUUGUGACAAGGCCAUGGCUGAUAAGACAAACAAGCAGAUUCAGCAGCAGAUCAAUGACGUAAACUCUAAACUGGACGAAGCAAACCGCAAUCUUAAUGAUUUCGAUGCUCAUAAGAAGAAGCUUGCUAUUGAGAACGCCGAUUUGUUGCGUCAACUAGAGGAGAUAGAAGGUCAGAUCUCUCAGCUGAACAAUCUCAAGGUUUCUCUCACGACUCAGUUGGACGAUACCAAGAAGAUCGUCGAGGAUGAGGCUAGGGAACGAAGCUCUCUUCUUGGUAAAUUCCGCAACCUGGAACAUGACCUUGACGGCCUUCGUGAACAGCUUGAUGAGGAAACGGAAGCUAAGGCUGAUGCCAAUCGCCUACUGUCCAAGGCUCACGCUGAAGCUCAUCUGUGGCGCUCCAAGUAUGAGGCUGAAGGUGUGGCUCGUGCCGAGGAGAUCGAGGCCGCCCGCCUGAAGCUUGCCGCUCGCCUCGAGGAAGCUGAAUUACAGAUUGAACAACUCAAUGUUAAGAAUCUGCAGAUGGAAAAGGCAAAGGGGCGCGUCCUGUCCGACAUUGAGGAGAUGCAGCUGCAGGUGGAGCGUGCUCAGGGUCUGGCCAUAGCUGCCGAAAAGAAACAAAAGAACUUUGAUCGGGUUGUCAACGAAUGGAAGGUAAAGGUUGACGAUCUGGCCGUGGAGCUGGAUGCUUCCCAGAAAGAAUGUCGCCAGUAUUCCACCGAGCAUUUCCGCAUCAAGGCCAUGUACGAGGAAAACCUUGAGCAUCUGGAUGCUGUUCGUCGUGAGAACAAGAGUCUGGCCGAUGAGAUCAAGGACUUGAUGGAGCAGAUCAGCGAGGGUGGCCGAUCCCUUCACGAGAUAGAGAAGAAUGCAAAGCGUUUUGAGAUUGAGAAGGAAGAGCUUCAGGCUGCUCUCGAGGAGGCCGAGGUGGCCCUUGAACAGGAGGAAAACAAGGUUCUUCGCGGCCAGUUGGAACUUAGCCAAGUCAGACAAGAAAUUGAGAAGCGAAUCCAUGAAAAAGAAGAAGAAUUCGACGCGGCUCGGAAGUGCCAUCAACGAGCACUUGACUCCCUCCAGUCGUCUCUUGAGGCUGAGGCUAAGAGUAAGGCUGAAGCUCUUCGUAUGAAGAAGAAACUGGAGUCUGAUAUCAAUGAACUGGAGAUUGCGCUCGACCAGUCUAACAAGGCCAAUGCUGACAUUCAAAAGGCGGUCAAGAAGGCCCAACUGGAGCUGAAGGAUAUGCAAGCUCGCAUUGAAGAAGAACAACGUGUUGCUUCAGAAUACCGGGAACAAGCCAGUGCCUCUGAACGCAAGGCUAAUGCCGUGAACGGCGAACUCGAAGAAUCACGCACUCUCCUGGAGCAGUCCGAUCGUGCCCGCCGCCAGGCAGAGUCUGAACUGGCUGACUCUAACGAAACUCUGAGCCACCUGUCGGCCCAGCAUGGAUCUUUGUCCAUGGCGAAGAGGAAGUUGGAAGGCGAGAUGCAGACCCUUCAUGCUGACCUGGAUGACAUGUUGAACGAGUCCAAGAACUCUGAAGAGAAGUCCAAGAAAGCGAUGGUUGACGCUGCUCGACUUGCCGAUGAACUCCGCGCUGAACAGGAACACGCCCAGAACCUGGAAAAGAUCCGUAGAGGCCUAGAAGUUUCCGUCAAGGAGCUGCAAGGUCGUCUUGAGGAAUGUGAAGCUAACGCACACAAGACCGGCAAGAAGGCUCUUGCUAAACUGGAAACCCGAAUCCGUGAACUGGAAUCGCAGUUCGAUGACGAGGCUCGCCGUCACGCCACAGCCCAGAAGAACCUGAUGGAAUGCUGA